AAAAAAACUAAACCAAAAACAACAAAAAUAGAUGAUAUAAAUGCCUGACACACGUCCUAAUGAGUUAUAAUUGAGGUCUAGGAUUGAAAGAGGGCUUUUGUUGUGUAGAGUGGUUUGAAAUGGAAUUCACCCUUAUCACAAAACUGACAAGAAUCCCAUGCUUUGACUGCAAGCACAAAACUAAGCAAAAUCCAUAUACUGCUGGAAAAAAAGAAUGCUUCCUAAAUUGCACAGAAUGAUAUUCAUGGAUUGCAGUUUAACAGUAUUUUUCUUAGGUCAAUUGAAAAUGUAAUUAACCGUGAAAACUAUUAGGACAUACAGUAUAUUAUGCAUUAAUAUCAUUAAAUGUGAGCUUUACUGAGAUUCUCGACACCUGGUUUAAAAUAUAAUACCAGAUAUUAAAAAACACUCGGCCUCGCUUGAGAACCCCGUUUCCAAUUGUAAUGUGUCUGGCCAUACACCCCUCUGUACAUCACACUUACAUUGCACAUAUCUGCAGAACUGCUUAUCCAAUUAUCAUGAAACAUGACAUUAACAUUUGAUUUGUUUAUUGAGAAUAUCAGGUUCUAGAGACACAGUAUAGGGGAUGUCUGCCUCUCUGCACAUCCAUUCAUCUGUAUGUCACACAUUUUGCAUACUGUAUAUAUAAUCAAAUUGUAACUAAAUAUUUCAUUGCUAUUUCCGAUUCUGUACGAUUUGUUACAUACUGUUGACCUAUGUCACGAUCAUCAACUGACGUACUUGUUUAUAGAUUAGAACAAGGCACAGAGAAGACAUCUGCAUUCACGCAAAGUCAAUGUUAUUAUGGUCUUCGUCUAGCCCAUAGACCACAUGCAUUGGUUAUUAUACAGUAGCAGAACCAUGAACCACAACCCAUACGUCUUGAAGAUGAACGUCUUCUCUGUAGUUGAGAGGCAGGCUGAUGUCAGUGAAAGAUGAACGUCUUACUAAGCUCUGUAGUCGAGAGGUAUGCUGAUGUCAGUGAAAGAUGAACGUCUUACUAAGCUCUAUAGUUGAGAGGUAUGCUGAUGUCAGUGAAAGAUGAACGUCUUACUAAGCUCUAUAGUUGAGAGGCAGGCUGAUGUCAGUGUUAUUAACUCAUCAGCUGCUAGGAGGAGAUUCAUUACAGGUUUAUUGAGGAUAAUAGCAAUGCAAAUUAUACACAAUGGUGAAGACCAGUUACUGGACAUGAUGUUUCUAAAGGCAUCUGAUAAGCUCCGGGCCUGUUGAUCGCUGUUAGUCUCUGUCGUAUCAAUUCCUUACUUCCCGUCUCACUCCCCCCCACCACCCCUUGAUCAGCCACAAUGGAGAGCCUAACUGAGCUUCAGAACCCGCUCCUGGACAAAACCAGCAACCACGUUAAGGGCGAUUACAGUUACCAGGGAGACUUCCCCAGCAGUCAGUACCAGGAAAACAUUUUCAACUACUUUGUGAGUGGCUCUAACAAAGCCAAGGCACAGCAGCUACUGGACGCCACGUCCUUGCACCUCGCUGUGGAAGCCUUCUACCGGCCGAACUUCAUUCUGUACAAGGAGGACGCCAACGUCAAAAACAAGGAUUACAAGAGCGAAUGUUGUGAGACCACCUUCACGGAGAAGAAGGACCCGGCUGCUGAAAGAGCAGAUGACCCAGAGGAGAAGCUCCUGGACCUGGGUGAAAACGAUGUUAAAAUCCAAACGGUGUCGUACGAGGUGGAGGAAGAGGAGUAUCAUGAGUAUGAGAGCGACUGUUCCAGUGACAGUGAAAGCGAAGACGACUUCAUCAUGAUCCCCCCGCGGGACCACUUAGGCCUGGCCAUCUUCUCAAUGCUCUGCUGCUUCUGGCCUCUUGGCAUCGCAGCCUUCUACUUCUCCCAGGGGACCAGUAAAGCUAUUUCCAAGGGAGACUUCCCCCUGGCAAGCUCAGCUUCAAGAAGAGCUCUUUUCUUGGCUGCCCUCUCCAUCACCAUCGGAACAGGCGUUUACGUCGGGGUCAUCGUGGCUCUCAUCGCUUACAUGUCUAAAUCAGGACAUGUAUAGCACCAGGUCUGGGGCUGGAGUGUGUCUUGAAACAGUGUAUUAUCAUCAUAAACUACAGCAUGUCUUAUCGGUUUCUUUACCCCACUGACUGUCGGUAUGGAUUAGUGCGGUGUUUGUUCAAAUUUCACCUUAACGACUGGAGACAUCACAAAGCACUUCUCAAGUUAGAGCCAACCCAUUGAUGUCUUUGAACUUCCUUGUUCUUUUAACGGCUCGAGACUGCAAAUAAAAAAGGGCAAAAUAAAAACAAUUCAGAACGUGCUCUAGGGGACAGUCGAUGUGAAUAUUGCACAAAGAAAAAAUGAAAAGCAAGUAUUCUGAAGUGGGAUUCAUUGCAUUGCUAAGCUUAGUAAGAUUACGUUUUUGUAUUCAUGUAGGCACUGCGAAUACUGUGCGUCACCUUAAAAAAACAUUGCAAAUUCACUGCAUCAUUUACGUGUCAGGUUAAAAACACUGCAGAUACCUAUAUUUUUGUGAUUUUGCUGUACUGUACAGUGGACUUCCAAGUAAAAUUCAAUAUAGGAACAUCUCUUUCGGCAUAUUCUAAAUACAUGGACCUAAAGCCAAGAACUUUCAUAAGUGAAACAUUAUAUAUCAUUCAGUAUGUGAAAAAAACAAACAUUUCAUUCUCAACUGUCCUCUUAAAAGCGUGGGAAGAAUCUUCGUUGACACUACUUGAAGAUUUAUUAAAAUAUACUUUACAUUUUAUUCUAAAUGUUUCUAGCGUUUCAGUGUAUUUUAGAGCUUAACUGUUGGGACUUUGGUACCGAAAAACUUUUCAUUCAGCUCGCAGCUGUUUCCAUGAAGGACGAUGUUCUCUCCUGUAAAAGUGAUGCCAACCUUAAUUCACUAGCCCCAAAUGUGGCACAUACUAAAAGAGAGAGUUGUAUGCCAACAAAUCUGCUUCCGAAUGAGCAUCGGCAAGGAGAACAGAAAUCUGUUUUGUAGCACAUCAUCUGGAUGCAGUCAGCAGUGAAGUUGAUGAUUCAUUCUUAGCAUUAGGGAGCUAAUAGUGCCAGAAAGUAAAUCAAGGAAAGUUGUGUUUCAGCGUUUUCAGGGGAAUUGAAUUUGCAUGCUGCAGAGAGACCCUGGUGCUUCACAGUGGACAACAGGGUGAACUAAAAUGCAUCUGAGCAAUUAGGAAGGGACCCUGUUCACUAGAGACUGUACAGGAGUGGAUUGACUGUAAGUCAAGAAUUACACAGUAAAAACAUCAUCUUCAAAAACCAGAGAUCAUUAUUACACAUUGUAUAAUGGAUGAAGGAUCAUCCAACACAAGGCAGUUAAAUCAAAGGGUUUUAAUGCAAUAUAAACUACGAGACCAAACGGUUUAUAGACUUCUGCCGAACCCUCCGAUUGAAUUACUGCCUUUAAUUUUGUACCCUGUACUGCCCUGUACUGUAUCAUAUAUACUCUCAAUUUAUUUUGUAGAUUAUGCAUUAGUCACAGUUGUCAUCUUUGCUUUAAAAUUUGGUUUCAAUGAUGAGCAUCUGUUCUCCUUGAAGUCUCUCCUGUAAAAGCCCAGCCAAAGCUGACGCCCCAAUGGAGAGGAAGAUAUAAUGAACACUCAUAUAUUGUAGCAUGUCGUGAGCUGGCACCUACAAAAGCAGCCCAAAAAACCCCAACAUUGACGACACACCUACAAUACCGCUAGAACGCUACAUUGUACAAUUCAAAUCCUUCCAAAAGUCUCAAUGCUUUUCAUUCUAGAAAUGUUUGUAAUGCUAUAAUUGCCAUGAGUGGGUAGGUCUGUAAUGUUCAAUAUGUGUAUAUAUUAAUAUGUCAAAUAACUGAAGAUCGCCAUAUAAUUUUCAUUUCAAAUAAAGAUUUGCUAAGAGGUAUUUGUAAGAUAAUGAUUAAAAAAAAAGUUAUGUACGUGUCAUAACAUUCAUAAGUGUCAUGUUAUUUUUGCCACUUUGUAUAGUGGAUACAUUCUGAUUAUCGCUGAAGAAAAGUGUAUAUAAAGCAGAUAACAAUUAUUGAAUUUCAAACUCAAUCUUGCUUGUUCUUCAGAGAACGUUUCUCCACUAAGUUUUCGGUUUCUGCUUCGGUUUUAAUUGGGAAUAAACAGUGAAAACUGACAUGACACGAGAACAGUGGAUUAUAUAAACAAUGAUUGAACACUAUGAUCAUACCUCUUAAAACAUUACUAAUUCAAUCGAAACUGACUCAAAAUGGUCUGAAAAAACAUUGAUAUUAUGCCUUCAUAAUUAUCUGAAUUUCAGUUACAAAGUAUACAAUCAGAGUCCAGAGGAAAUGUUCACUGUUUUUUUUCAACAGUUGUGGACAAAUGCACAGUUUCAGUUGAAUAUAAUAUAGGUAACAUUGGCAAAUGCUUGAAUCAGGUAUAUUUGAUAAGAAUGGUGAUCAGUGCUAAAUAUUAUAACCUGUAUUGGUCAUAACAGUUCUUAAAAUAACCCAUUGAAAUCGUUUAUUUUCUGUUGAAAUUGCUGUAAAUGUACCAGCAAUAUGACCAAUGUUUCGUGGGCAUUGCCUUCUAUUCUGUUUUAAUAUGCCUGCCCUGCCUGUUUCACUGGAUGAAUAAAUGAACUGUGACAAUAUAUUUUUUGGGGGGGAGUGGUUUCCAAUGUGUAGCCUGUGUACUGUAGAUUUUCUUUUGUCAGAAGUUAAGGGCACAAAAGAAAAUAAAUGGCUGUUAUUUGUAAAUAAAUAAAAUGUGAAUAUUU